AAAGUUUUAAAAGUAGAAAAAAUAAAAACAUAUCUGACUGGGAAAAACUUUACGAAUUAACCAAAAUGAUUAUGGACGAUCCUUUGGACGAUUAUGAUAAUUUGGUCGAUUUUCAUAUUGUUCUGGUGGAAGUAAUAAAGCUUAAAUCUAAUUAUGUACAAGGGCAAUUACCAGGAAAAAAAGCCGAAUUAGAAAAGUUAGUAAAACAGGCCAAGAAAAAACUAGUUAGCGAUGCAGAAAAGGAAUGGUUUGAAGUUUAUUUAGAAACAGGACAAGAACAGUACAGUUCAUUUGUUAAUAAGCAGGUUGAAUGA